CCGUAACUGCAAGAUUAACCUAAACACAUUUAUACGUUUUUACCUGAAUGCGCCGCCGUUCUUAGGCAUAGCCCGCAACGGCGUAUGCUCGCCCACGCGUUUGCUUGGAAUCGAUGCACUUCACGACCUCAAGUCCACUUAGCGAAUGCAAAUUGCUUACGCAACAACACGUCUUGACGCAGCGCUCUGACUACGCUGAGGCUGAACUUACCUUCUCCUUCACUGAUGCGCGACGCGGGGGCCGAAAUGGUUACCGAGCGCCGGUUCUGGCAUCACUUUCGCUUUCGAGGACAAGAGGUCAACAUGGACCUCGUAACAUACUGGCGUCGUUAACUGGCAUCACGUUGCUAUUCCAGGGCCGGGAUGCUGGACUUCGGAAAACGUUCGACGCCAUUGAUGUGGACGGCAAGGGUCACAUCACGGAGAAGGACCUUGAGGCAUUCGCCAACCGCAACGGCCUUCCCAGCAGCUAUGCGGCGCACUUUGCGAAUGCCGUACGUGCUAAUGCCGUACGACCUGGUACGGCAACCGCAAUCGGUGCCACCGCCGACUCUAACCGCCGAGACAGCACAGUCUCAGCAAGGACCGAGGUGCAACAGUGUGUUGCUAGCAGCAGCAGUAGCGCUGCCGUGCCCUCCUCACAAGAGCAGCAGCGGCAACAGCACACAAUGCCACGCCCUGACAGCGACAGCAGCUGCGGCAGUAGCAGCGAGCUCGUUCACCAGCAGCAGCGGAAGCGGGGACGUGCUGUCGCAGAGGAUGCGGAGGAGUUGACGUACGGCAUGUUCCGGCAAUUUGUACGGAGCCGGGAGGAGGCGCUGCGGCGGGCCUUCAACCUGUUUGACCAGGACGGCGACGGUCGCAUCUCCGUGGCCGACCUGGAUGCCUCGCUGUCCCGAGUGGCGGUGGGCUGCCCGCAGACCAGGUGCGUGCUGCGGUGCAGCGGGGGCAGCAGUGGAAGCGGGAGCAGCAGCACCAGCAGCAGCGGAGGCAGCGGCAGCAGCGAGGACAGCGGCAGCAGGGCCAGCGGCAGUGGCGGUGGAGGUGGUGGUGUGGGCGGCAGCUGUCGCUCUGUGGCGGCGCGGCACCUGCAUGCCAAAGCGGCGACGGAGCAGGGCUCCCUGGGCUUCCCCGAGUUCCGCGACUUCUUCCUUCUGCUGCCGCAGCAGGACAUGCUGGUGGAGUACUGGGUGGCGGCGGAGGGGGCAGCGGCAGCGGGGACAGGGGCAGCAGCAGGCAGCGCGCUGGGGCUCAGCGACAAGCAGCUGAGGGGCCGAGCGGCUGGAGGGAGAGUGGGAGGAGGAGCAGCAGGCAGGCGCAGAGGAGGUGGAGGUGGAUCAGGAGGGGCGGCAAUGGUGGCAGCAGCCGGGGUGGCAGCAGCGGCGGCUACUGGGCGAGGCGCGGCGGCUGCGGUGGCCUCUGCGACUGCGGAGGCGGCAAAGGGCUCCCCCUGGGGUCAUCUGCUGGCGGGUGCGGUGGCGGGAGCCGCCUCGCGCACCGCCACUGCGCCGCUGGAGACGUUGAGGCUUGCGGCCAUGGCAGGACAGCUGCAGAGCAGGAGCCUGGUGCAGGCCGCCCAGGACAUCCUGUCCUCCCAGGGCUGGCCCGGCCUCUACCGCGGCAACUUCCUCAACGUGCUCAAGUCCGCGCCGCAGAAGGCACUCGACUUCUUCGCCUUCGACGCCUUCAAGCGCCUCAUCGGGGAGGAGUCCACCGCGCAGCUCUUCCUGGCGGCGGGUCUUGCGGGCUGCACCAGCUGGGUGGUGCUGUACCCGCUGGAGGUGGUGCGCUCGCGCGUCACUGUGGCCGCCUCCUCCCUAGCAGCGCGCAGCAGCGCUGCAGCAGCAGCAGCCGCGGGGGCAGCUGUGGUUACAUCCCAAUGCGCCCUUCCCGGAGCCGCAGCUGCAGCUGCUGCUGCUGCUUCUACUUCAGCUGCAACAGCAAGGGCGCCGGGGCUACUUCAGAUGUUGACGACCAUUGUACGGCAAGAGGGCCCUAUGUCUCUUUACCGCGGCUUGGGAGCCUCUGUCGCCGCUAUCUUCCCCGAAGCAGCCAUUACGUAUGGAUUGCACGACGCGUUGAAAAAGUCGUACACUCGGAUUACACGCACUGAGCCGGGAGUCGUACCGUCCCUGGCUUUCGGCGUGUUUUCGGCUUUCAUGGGCCAGCUCGUUUCCUUUCCGUUGGAAACCGUUUCCCGACGGUUGCAAGUGGCGGCGGUGCCGGCCGCGGGUGCUGCAGGUACGGCAGCAGCAGCGAGUCUGGGAGGUUUGGGAGGCGUGGCGACGGUGGUGCGGGGGUUGCUGGCGGAGGGCGGUCCGGCGGCGUUCUACCGGGGUAUCGGUGCUGCCACGCUGCGACUUAUCCCCAUGGCAUGCGUGUCGUUCGGCACGUAUGAGGCAGUGCGUGCGCUGCUUGUUGCUUGGGAGCAGCAGCGGGAGGAGCGGCAGGCCAGGGAGAAGCUGCAUGCCAGGUGUAUGCCGCUGGUGCUGCACGGGCCCCGCGGGGACCCCGAGGUGGUGGGCCGUGUGUGCACCCCGCCGGGGGCUGCCGUACCCGCCCUCUGCAGCACCACUGCGUUGUACGGCAGUAGUAGCAGCAGCUGUAGCAGCGUCAGCAGCAGUGUUGACAGCAGCAGCAACAGUGGUAGCAAAGCCAGUAGCAACAGCAGCAGCAGCUGUGCCGGCGGUGGCUUAACGAGUACGUGCAUGGCAGCUAGUGCGUCGGGGCCGAGGGUGGGUUACACCGGUACUAGGGC